AUGGCACCAGCUCAAAAUCCAAUCAGUUCGAAACACGUGGCAGUGAUCGGAGCCGGAGCAGCCGGUCUCGCAGCGGCCAGGGAGCUCCAUCGUGAAGGCCACUCCGUUGUAGUCUUUGACCGGGAAAAGCAAGUGGGAGGUCUCUGGAUUUACUCACCUAAAGCCGAAUCUGACCCGAUUAGCCUCGACCCGACCCGAUCCAUAGUCCACUCAAGCGUCUACGAGUCUCUCCGAACCAACCUUCCUAGAGAAUGUAUGGGUUUCAGGGACUUCCCGUUCGUGCCACGUGAUGACGUGUCAAGAGACCCGAGACGGUAUCCGAGCCAUAGGGAAGUUCUUGCUUAUCUUGAAGACUUUGCUAGAGAGUUUGAAAUAGAAGAGAUGGUCCGGUUCGAGACCGAGGUGGUUCGGGUUGAACCGGUUAACGGAAAAUGGUGUAUCCGGUCUAAAAACUCCGGCGGUUUCUCCGACGAUGAGAUCUUUGACGCCGUCGUCGUUUGCAGUGGUCACUAUGCAGAGCCUAACCUUGCUCAUAUUCCUGGAAUAGAGACAUGGCCUGGGAAGCAAAUUCAUAGCCAUAAUUAUCGACUUCCUGAACCAUUCAAAGACGAGGUGGUGGUAGUUAUUGGAAACUUUGCGAGUGGAGCCGAUAUUAGUAGAGACAUAUCUAAAUUUGCAAAAGAAGUUCACAUUGCAUCUAGAGCGAAUGGAUCUGAUGCAUAUGAAAAGCUUCCCGGUAAUCUUUGGAUGCAUUCUCAGAUAGAUGUUGCCCGCAAGGAUGGUUCGAUUGUUUUUCAAAAUGGGAAGGUGGUACAUGCUGAUACCAUUGUGCAUUGUACCGGAUACAAGUAUUACUUUCCAUUUCUUGAAACCAAUGGUUAUAUGAGCGUUGAUGACAAUCGUGUUGAACCUCUCUACAAGCAUGUCUUUUCACCCGCGCUUGCUCCCGGACUUUCUUUCAUCGGUUUACCAGCAAUGGGUCUACAAUUCUAUAUGUUUGAAGUCCAAAGCAAAUGGGUGGCUGCAGUUUUAUCCGAACGUGUUACACUUCCUUCGGUAGACAAUAUGAUGGAAGAUCUUAUGUUGUCAUAUGAAACACUUGACGCCUUAAAUAUUCCUAAAAGAUACACACAUAAGUUGGGUAAAUCCCAGUGUGAGUACCUCAAUUGGAUCGCAGAACAAUGUGGAUUUCCGCAUGUUGAACACUGGAGAGAUCAAGAAGUAGUACGCGGUUACAAGAGACUUGGGUCUCAACCUGAGACAUUCCGUGAUGAAUGGGACGACGAUGAUCUAAUGGAAGAAGCGUAUGAGGAUUUCGCUAGGCAAAAUCUUAUCACUUUUCAUCCUUCUCGUUUUCUCGAAUCUGGAAGAUGA